UCACGGACAAAAUAGAGUCAUCGCACAUGACACAGCCCACUACUUUAUGACGCCUCGGGCACUAUAUAUGCUCCUGACGGCAACCAAAUCGAAUUCUACAGGCUCUCCUGUUUCUUAGAGUCCAGAAAAUCUCGCCAUAAUGCCGAUCGGCGAUCUCCUCGCGGAGAUUUCUGGCGGGGAUCCAUCUCCCGUACCACAGUCCAAGACACCAACAUCAUCCAGUCGUAAGCGCAAGGCAGAAGAUGAUGCAAAUUCUGCGACAUCCGUCAAGAGUCUCAAAUCGCAGCAACAAGAUGGACCAUCCACAACUAAACCGACCCGCGAUAUAAGGGGCGAUAACGCUGAUCGACCGAAAACCACAACCUUCACAUCCAUCAAGCCUGCAUCUCUGCCACAUCGUACAAAUUCGCCCGCGACGAAUGGCCGAUAUGUACCUCCCAUACCAAACGGACAACGGACAACUACAGCUUCAGCUUCAAAUGGCAGGCCGGCAUCCACCGUCCCUCAACCCAAGCCAUCAUCCGAGAAUUCUAAUACCCGGCCAAAACUCAGUGCAGGAGCUCUAGCAGCCGCUUCUAGAGUAGCUCCUGCGAAGUCAUCGCCUACAACCCCGACUGCAUCAGAUCCAUCCAAGGCGCCCAAGAAGGGAUCCUUUCAGGAGAUUAUGGAGCGAGCCAAGAGAGCUCAAGCAUUAAAUGCUAAAGUUGGAUCUAUCCAGCAUAAGUCUAUCGAGAAAGGAAAGAAGGAAAUCCCUACAAAGGGAGAUCGGAAAUCCAGUAUAGCGAAGGGCAAGGAUGGCAAGUCUUACGUUGGAAACAGCAGACCGUCUGUCGCUUCUGCUCGUGGAGGUGCAAGACCCGGACCAGCGGGUCGUGGCACAAGUCAGAACGGCGCUUCGAAUGCUGCCAAAGGAAGUGGUAAGCCUAGACCUGGUUCAUCAGGGGGUGAUGCUCCUGAAAAGAAAAUCAAGAAAUCUGCAACGGCUACCACAGGAUACACCGGAACUGCCCGCCCUCGACCCGGUGCAGCCUCCGGUAAGUCAUCCGCAUCCAGGAAGGGUCAUGGGUCUGGUGGGCUUCUGGCGCCUCCGAAACAAAGCCGCCGGGAUCGCUUUGAAGAUGAAUACGAUGAUGAGAUGGACGAUUUCAUCGAUUAUGACGACGAUGAUGAAGCCGGACCCCGUUAUGAAUACGAUUCUGAUGGAUCCAGUGAUAUGGAAGCAGGUCUAUCAGAUAUCGAUGUGGAGGAACGAAGAGCGGAGUUACUAGCACGUGAAGAAGAUAAACGAGAGCAGGCGUUGGAGGAGAAGCUCAAGAGAGAGAAGGAGGAGCGAAAGCGAAGACUCGGCUCCGGCCGUUAGGAAGUUUCUCUGGUGAUUUCCAGGACUAUUCUAUCUACAAACGGAUUGGGAUAUCCGGCGCAGAUUUUUUUCUUCUUUGAUGGUAGCAAUUUUUCGCUGUCCAUCCCGUUCGUGUUUGCCUUAAUGACAUGGUUCACGUAGAUGGAAAUUGCAUAGGGAGAGGGCGUUUUUUUUUUUCCUGAAUUUCAGCACCCCCAUCGGCAAACCAUGGGAAGCAAUGGCGUUCUUCAUCAUGCAUGCCCGAGUUAGGGCCGUCAAAAGGGCGAAUGCAAUGGGUUCUUUUUUUUUUUUAUUAAUGCCAGCAUAAUGCAGCCUUCAAAUGUCUUUACGAGAAAUUCGAUAUUGUACAUUCCAUAGGUUAUAAUUAGUAGGUAGUUCACAUUACUACUGUCUGUACUCUAGCUCCUUUGGUUCAAACCUGUGAUCUUAGCGAAUUGUAUCAUCCAACGUACAGAAGAAAUAUGGCAGUAGCUGAG